UGAGAAAAGGUAACUUUUGGUCAUUGCUGCUGGAGGCAGACACACAUACAAACGGCUGGGCGCUGACGAAGAAUCCACCAUCCUUUCGAACAGUAUGGGUCUGCAGCCAGAUUCUGUCAUCCAGAACCUCCUCCUCUUUCCAUUGCACCUUCUGGUGUGGCUGUACUCCCUCUUGUCCUUCUUUCCCUGGUACUUCAUAACCAGCGCUGGACAGAGGAAGGCUCAUGCCAAACGGAUCAAGGCCCGGUCCACAUCGGGCCAUCCAGAGGGGCCUUAUCGUUCCGUGGACCAUUUUGAAUCCCUGGCCACAGAGGACUUCCCUGGCAAGGACACAUUGGAUAAGCUUUUCAAAUUCGCUGUCCAGCGGUUUGGUGAUGAGCAUUGUCUGGGCACCCGGGAGGUACUGAGUGAAGAGAAUGAGAUCCAACCAAGUGGAAAAAUAUUUAAAAAGCUGAUCCUUGGGGAGUACAGCUGGCUGUCUUACAAUGAGUUGGACACUGUUGUCACUAACUUUGGCAGUGGCUUAGCAGCACUCGGGCAGCAGCCAAAAAAAACUCUGGCCAUCUUCUGUGAGACCAGAGCAGAGUGGAUGAUUACUGCCCAGACCUGCUUCAGGCACAAUUUUCCAUUGGUGACAUUCUACGCCACACUGGGAGAGGAAGCCAUUGCUUUUGGAUUGAAUGAGACUGCGGUUACUCAUGUCAUCACCAGUGUGGAACUGCUGGAAACCAAGCUGAAACAUGUGCUUCCACAGAUACCCAAACUGAGGCAUGUCAUCUGUGUGGACCAAAAGAAAUUGAGCACGGAAGGAUACCCAGCAUGGCUGUCCCUCCACAGCAUGCAGUCUAUACAAGAACUGGGAGUGCUGCCUGAAAACUUGGGGAGGGCAUUGGUGAAGCCUGAGCCGUCUGACUUGGCUGUGGUGAUGUACACCAGCGGCUCCACAGGCAGACCAAAAGGAGUCAUGAUCAUGCACAGUAACCUAAUUGCAGGAAUGACAGGCCAGUGUGAACGCAUCCCCGGACUGGGACCUAAUGAUACCUACAUAGCCUAUUUGCCUCUGGCUCAUGUUCUGGAAAUGACAGCAGAAAUCUCUUGUGUCACAUAUGGCUGUCGCAUUGGCUACUCAUCCCCACAGACCCUGUCCGAUCAGUCCACCAAGAUAAAGAAAGGAAGUAAAGGAGACUGCUCUGUUCUCAGACCCACCCUGAUGGCAGCUGUGCCGGAAAUUAUGGAUCGCAUCAACAAGAAUGUGAUGAGCAAAGUGCAGGAAAUGAGUUACAUCCAGAGGACGCUGUUUACGCUGGGCUACAAAUAUAAACUGGAACAGAUCAAAAGGGGUUAUGAUGCACCACUCUGCAAUGCGCUGUUGUUCAGGAAGGUAAAGAAACUGCUGGGAGGGCGGGUGAGAAUGAUGUUGUCUGGAGGUGCGCCGCUGUCCCCAGCAACUCAGAGAUUUAUGAACGUAUGUUUUUGUUGCCCUGUGGGCCAAGGCUAUGGCCUCACUGAAACCUGUGGUGCAGGCACCAUCACAGAAAUUGCCGACUUCAGCACUGGCCGUGUGGGUGCUCCCCUGAUUUGCUGUGAGAUCAAACUGAGGGAUUGGGCUGAGGGUGGCUACACCAGUAAUGAUGAGCCUAACCCAAGAGGGGAAAUUCUUAUUGGUGGUCCCAAUGUCACUGUGGGUUACUAUAGGAACGAGGCCAACAAUGAAGACUUCUUUGUGGAUGAGAACGGUCAGCGGUGGUUCUGUACUGGGGAUGUUGGAGAGAUUUAUCCUGAUGGCUGUCUGCAAAUAGUGGAUCGUAAGAAAGACUUGGUUAAGCUGCAGGCUGGUGAAUACGUGUCCCUGGGUAAAGUUGAAUCUGCUUUGAAGAACUGCUCCCUCAUCGACAACAUCUGUGCUUAUGCAAACAGUGACCAGAACUACGUAAUCAGUUUUGUGGUGCCUAACCAGAAAAAGCUGACAGAACGAGCAAAACAGAGAGGUAUUGUUGGAAAUUGGGAGGAGAUCUGCACUCACCCUGAAAUGGAAAAGGAGGUUCUGAAGGAGAUAAAGAAGGUUGCUGUGAACAUUAAGCUUCAGAGAUUUGAAAUUCCAGUGAAGGUGCAUUUGAGUCCAGAGCCGUGGACCCCUGAGACGGGGCUGGUCACAGACGCAUUCAAGCUCAAGAGGAAAGAGCUGAAGAACCACUACCUGCACCACAUAGAGCGAAUGUAUGGUGGCAAAUAACGUCACACUUCCCCCAGAACCACACCACAGAAUCUGUAAAUUAUUUUCCGGGUACCAUCUUUUGUAAUCUGUGUACUGUAGGUGUACAAGAGAAUCACCUGAACACAAAAUCUGAAACUGUAGCUAGUUGUAGUUGUUGAACCAUCGUGCUUUUUUUUUUUUUCGUGUGUAAAACUGUUGUAGUUUUGCCAGAGAUGAGUUAACAUAGCAGCUCUUACUCUUAUCACAAAAUGGUGACACCAAGAAGCACUCAACUGCCAUUGACAUGAAUUUGUACACUGUUUAAGUUAUU